GUGAUUGGCUAGAAAUCGGCGGGUAUAAACUGCUGCUCAAUGGUGGGGUGGGGCGUGGCGGAAUAUGGGUGGGAAAAACCCAUGAUGCGUAGGUUCUGUCAAAGCCUUCCGAUAAGGACGAGACCAAUGAGACGGAGGACAGGGAGGGUCCGUCGAAACAGCCACACUGCCCGAGACUUCGGUCAGGCGAACAAGUUCAAGAACAAGGAGAUAAAAUGAACUGCGGAAGGGGAACUCCACCGAUUUUACAGAAUUUCUGCAUGAGUGACCGAGAUCAAAAUCAUUAGUGAAAUAAGAGGAACUAGGGGGUCGCCAUGUCUACAGCACAAAUAUAGCCAUUUUUGUUUAAUAUGCCAAACCGCUGGUGGACCAAAACCUAAAAUAGAGGUAAAUCUGAAAAAAGUAGGUUUAAUUUGGGAACUAUUUUUACCUUCAUGUAUCCCUCCAUCGUGCAAUAGAUUAGAAUAAACUAUUUACAAUGCGUUUAAGACCAAAACCUUAUCAUAAAACUGUCGAAAAAGCAAAGUCUCAGAGAUGAGACAUGAGUAUUCAUCCCCAUUUCAUCUAGUUACGUUCUGUGAGGAGCUUUUAGAGGUGGACGUCUGGUUCUUAUCACCACCACUGUGAACAGUCCUCAUCCAGUAAGGCCUCUAGAACGUAGCAUUUCACACCAAACCGCUCUGGCUGACUCUGUUUACAUGUUAAUGAUUUAAUUACAAAGAAUUCUUGAAAAAUUUGUGGAGUUUCCCUUUAAGAUUACUAAACAAAACCUUUAAUGAGUAUUUUCUUUUAAUGAUAAACCAUUUGCGAAGAAAUGAAUCUACCUUUUAGUUUGAUUUUUGUCGUUCAUAUUUAGUUGCUCACUCCUUUGUUCUGUUUAAUUUCAAUAUGGUGGGUUAGUGACAGCAUGUGUGCUGUGUUAGACCUGGUACUUUUGUAAUUCUAGAGUUGGUUUUAUUUGGAGAAGUAUGUUUACGUUUAGUACCUGAGUUCAGGAUUAGGCUACUCUCUCCAGUAAGUGGUGGUUUAGUCUUAAGAUUUAAAAUAGAGUAAUAGGUCAAUGGUUCAAUGGGGUUAAAUGCUUAUUAGGCUUGGCACUGAUCUGAUAUGAGGUGUCAGUAUCUCAGUGGUGGAGUUCCCCUUUACAGUACUACUGAUUUUUAUCGGUCAUGAAAUGAUUGUCUAUGAAUCCAGCUUUACAAGCAGAAGGCUGGCUAAGAAAGAUGAAUGGAGUCCAGGUUAGCUGUGUGCAAGGCCAUAUGGCAAGUCCUCGCCACUAAUCCAUAAUCUUCCUUUAACCCGGUAGAGCCACGUAGAUGCAUAUUCCCUGUUUGUGAUAGCCGUGCUGUCCUGAAAUUGCUCUGUUUUCACAUCAUUUCUCACAAAACAACACAUGUUCUGCUAUUCACAGGUGCACAAGCCAGAUAUACACGCCUAGAUGCCAUAUUGCCUGUUGUUCUCUGAGGCGAUACGUCUGUGCGUCCGCCAUCUUGGAGAGGUCAACAUCAGCUAGUAAAUAAAUUCACUUGUAUUGAGAAACGAAGAGUCUCAGGAUUAAAUCGGCCACAACUUCCUUAUUACUCAACCGAUUCUCACCUAAUCUGUUUAGUUAUAAUCCUCAGACUUUAUUAGAACUGCCGCUCUGUAAUUGUACUGAAUGCGGCGAUGUUGACCGCCCUAACGUGGCGGCGUCGUUGAGGCGCCUGGCUGGACCCAACGCGUGUUUGAUCAUACGGUUGCCAGGGACGCUGAACCUCCGGUUACCAUGGAGCUCGUAGCAACGGCGCUAGAACCGCGGUGACAUGUCGAAGCGCACAGCGGACGCGCUGUUUGAGCUGAACAUGCGGAGAGAGACGUGGUGCUGUGUGGAGGCGGACAACGGGAUCUGGCUGAGAGCUCAGCGGAGGCACUUCAACUGUCACCUGAGAAACACCUGCGACCUCCGCGCCGCCCAGACGGCCACAGCCGAGGAGCGCUCCGCUUGGAUGGGAAGUCCCGCGACACAUCGCGAGAGGAGGCAUUUUGAGGAGAGCUAUAAAGCUCAUCUUGUGUGAACACCUGUACAUCACGAUCCAGAAAGCAUGGCAGACAGUUGCAAUGCAGACGCUCAUUAAAAAAUGUGGAAAAACACUUUA